AUGGGCAAGCCGUCGCUGAAGAAGAAGAGGGCCUCCGGCGGCGGCGGCAAGUCCGGCGACCACGGGGGCAAGCCGGCGUCGCUGGAGCGGUCCGGCUCCAAGGUCCUCGACGGCGACGAGACCCUCUUCACGGACAUGGCGCAGGAGCACAAGGAGGAGGGCAACAAGCUCUUCCAGCGCCGGGACUACGACCGCGCGCUGCUCAACUACGACAAGGCCAUCAAGCUGCUGCCCCGGGCGCACCCCGACGUCGCCUACCUCCACAGCAACAUCGCCGCCUGCUACAUGCAGAUGAGCCCGCCCGACUACUACCGCGCCAUCAACGAGUGCAACGUCGCGCUCGAGACGUCGUCCAAGUACAUCAAGGCGCUGCUCAAGCGGGCGCGCUGCUUCGAGGCGCUGGGCAGGCUCGACCUCGCCUGCAGGGACGUCAACAAGGUGCUGGCUCUGGAACCCAACAACCUCACUGCGCUGGAUGUAGCCGACAGGGUGAAGAAGGCCAUGGAGGAGAAGGGGAUUGUGUUGGACGACAAGGAGAUCAUGCCCACGCCUGAGGAGGUGGUGGCCGCUGCGCCCAAGCAGAAGCCGCGCAAGAAAAGGGGAGGACGGAAGUUUGCUGCCAAGGCUGCGGCUGCUGCUGUGGAGGAGGUCGAGGAACAGAAGAUUGCGGAAGCUGUCAAAGAGGAGGAAGUGGAGGAGCAGCCAAGGCAGGUGAAACUUGUGUUUGGGGAGGACAUAAGGUGGGCUCAGGUGCCGGCGAGCUGCAGCAUGGCACAGCUGCGCGAGGCCGUCCGGAGCAAGUUUCCUGGGCUCAAGGCUGUUCUUGUCAAGUACAAGGACAAGGAGGGUGAUCUUGUGACAAUCACCAACCAGGAUGAGCUGAAAUGGGCUGAGGACUUGGCUGAGGCUGGGAGCUCACUUCGGCUGUAUGUUACUGAGGCCAAUCCAGAGCAUGAACCUUAUGUUGAUGACACUAAUAGUGGGCCAUUGGAGAGAAAUGUAAACAGCGCUUCAGAUAAUGGGAGUAUCAGAAGCAAUCGGCAGGAUGAGGACAGGAGCACGGUGACUUGUAUUGAUGAUUGGAUUGUGCAAUUCGCUCGGCUUUUCAAGAACCAUGUUGGGAUUAGCUCUGAUGAGUACCUGGACCUCCAUGAGGUUAGUAUGAAGCUCUACACUGAGGCAAUCGAGGACACUAUUACUACUGAAGAAGCCCAGGAGGUGUUUAAUCUUGCUGAGGGAAACUUCCAGGAGAUGGCAGCACUUGCAUUUUUCCACUGGGGUAAUGUUCACAUGUCCCGGGCCAGGAAGAGGUUGCUGCUAUCAGGAGACUCCCCAAGAGAAUUGGUGCUUGAGCAGGUGAAGGAAGCAUAUGAAUGGGCAAGGGACGAAUACAAUAAGGCUGGAAAGAGAUAUGAAGAUGCCGUGAAGGCCAAGCCAAACUUUUUUGAAGGUUUCCUUGCACUUGCACAUCAGCAGUUUGAACAAGCAAAACUGUCAUGGUACUAUGCAAUUGGUAGUAACGCAGAUUUGGACAGCUGUUCUUCCGAAAUCCUGGAGCUCUUCAAUAAAGCCGAGGAUAACAUUGAGAAGGGUAUAGAGAUGUGGGAGUUAAUGGAAGAACAGCGUCUGAAGAAUCGAUCUAAACCUAGCCAGGAGAAUGUUGUGCUAGAGAAGAUGGGCUUCGAGGAGUUUAUCAAGGAUGUAUCCACUGAUGAUGCGGCUGAACAGGCUUCCAAUUUAAGGUCUCAGAUAAACAUUUUAUGGGGUAUGCUCCUUUAUGAGCGUUCAGUUGUGGAAUUUAAAUUAGGUCUUCCAAUGUGGGAGGAUUGUCUAAUGGCUGCUAUUGAAAAGUUUAAACUUGGGGGAGCUUCUGCCACAGAUAUUGCUGUGCUGGUGAAAAACCACUGCGCCAAUGAAACUGCCCAAGAUGGUUUGGGCUUCAAGAUUGAUGAAAUUGUUCAAGCUUGGAAUGAAAUGUAUGACAUUAAACGGUGGCUGCGUGGUGUUCCAUCCUUUCGCCUUGAGCCAUUAUUUAGGCGAAGAGUUCCACAAUUGCAUACUGCACUUGAACGUAUAUAG